CAGCAUAUGGUCCGACCAGAACCCACCGCUUUUCCAUCUUCAGAAACCCCCACAGAGAGCCGAGCAAGUGCUCAAAGACACAGAGAUGGUUCUCUCUCAGCUCUCUAGAAUCAACACUUUUCUUUUUACUUCACCAAUCCAUCGCAAUUUUAGCGUAUUUGCAAGGACCAACAAACCCAUUAUCACCGCAACAGCAGCCCCCAUUCUCACCUCGGCUUCACUCCCCGUCCCCAAAUCCACUCUCACGGCCGCCGAACCAAUUCCGAUCACCGAUUUUCCAGAGUAUCCGGAAGAAACCCAGCUUCCCGUAUCCCCUGACAAGCUUUUUGUGCCGCCGGAAACUGAUAUCUCCGGCGGCAGCGGGGCCGUGGGGGCAAGAAUCUUGAAGGGGUCGAACAUUGUAUUGGGUCGGUACGCGAGAGAUGCGCAGGUUUCUCAGGCGGAUUUUGUGAAGAGUAGUGUGAGAACUGAGGACUGCCCUUCCGAUGGGCUUCCCGAAUUUGCUCUUGUUGGGCGCUCGAAUGUGGGGAAAUCGUCUCUGUUGAACUCGCUCGUUCGGCGGAAGAAGCUCGCUCUGACCUCCAAGAAACCAGGAAAGACACAGUGCAUAAACCAUUUUCGAAUUAAUGAUAGUUGGUACUUGGUCGAUUUGCCUGGAUAUGGGUAUGCAGCUGCACCACAGGAACUCCGUACUGAUUGGAACAAGUUUACCAAGGACUAUUUUCUGAACCGGUCCACGUUGGUUUCAGUUUUCCUUCUGAUAGAUGCAAGCAUUCCUGCCAAACCAAUUGAUCUUGACUAUGCUAGUUGGUUGGGUCAGAAUCAGAUUCCAAUGACGAUUAUAUUCACGAAAUGCGACAAACGGAAGAAGAAAAAGAAUGGUGGAAAAAGACCAGAAGAAAAUGUGAGCGACUUUCAGGAACUGAUAAGUGGUUUUUUUCAAACGACUCCACCGUGGAUUAUGACUAGCAGUGUCACCCAUCAAGGUCGGGAUGAAAUACUUCUACAUAUUGCUCAGCUGAGGAACUACUGGCUCGAGCACUGAAAAAAAGUUUUGCAGCCUCACCUUCUUUAAUCAACCAGCUUGCAGACGUCGACAAAUAGAAAAUGCCUGGUCAUGACUCAAAAUGUGUUGAUUGAAUAUGAAUCUUGAAUAGCCUGUGCUGUUUGACAGAAGACUUGAAUUUUGGAGAGUUUACAAAGCAACCGUGCUGGCAAGAAUGGCUUAAUAGUAACACAUUUUUCAUUCUACCACUGAAAAAAGAACUUCAAACAGGCAAUAGAAUGGAAGAUUGGUGGAAAGUUAUUGUUAUCUUGUGGGUAAAUAGUCUUCUCAGUUUGCUAUUAGUUGUUGGAUCAAUUAGAUCCAGUUUAUUCAUAUUCUGGAUAAGGAUAACUUUCCCCUUUUGUCCAAACACUUGUAAUAUGAUGUGUAUAGCAAAGUUGUCUUAGAGAUAUUUGCCAGGUGUAAUGUAACCAAUGAAAUUGGUUUUUUGAAAACGAUAUCGUUUCA